UGUGUGUGUGUGUGUGUGUGUGUGUGUGUGUGGUUUGUUACAUUACAGGAUGUAAGUUAACUACAUGGUUUAUAAAAACUACAACUGUAAUCACUGUAGGAAAUCACAUUGUUUAUAAAAAUUUAAGCAUAAGAAUAUCAAAACCUUUGAGUGUAAAAGUAUCUAAACAUUUCAGUGCAUAUAUGUAGUGCCAUUAAAUCAGUAAAAUACUGUAUAUUUCAGUUGUAAUAUGAAUCUUAAAACUUCUGUCCUCAGUCCUCUGACUGGUCGUUGUUUGUGCCUCUCAGCUCACAGAUGGAAAUCUCUGAGCUCAGGAAUGGAGAGAGAGAUGGAGUUCAGCUAUGGUCGUAGUGACGAUCUGGUGAGGACAGUGCUGUCACCGAGAGAAAUGCUGCAGUUCUUUGACGGCCGCGAGGACUUCCUGUAUUAUAAACAAGUCUGCUUCGAUGAGUUUGACCCUUCAAGGAACCUGUAAGAAACUGCUCUAUGAAAUUAAUACCAGCUUAAUCUCACAAAGUCAUAUCUUACGCAAAGAUCUUUACGUUACACACAAAAAAAUUAAGGUCAACUUUUGUACCCAAAAGGUACUUUUAUUGGGAAAGUACCUUGUAAGUACAGAGAUGGACCCUUGGGGUGAUUUAUUGUGGACCUUCAGAGGUACAAAAUCAUUGAUCAGAGAAAAUGGUACAAAAUUGUACCAGUAGGGGUCAGUGUUGGGUGGGGUAUUUCCUCCCUGAUGGAAAAGGCGCCAGGAAUGUAAAAUGGCGGACUGUCCGGUUUUACGGAGCUUGUCCACCGAAGAACUUAUUCAAAAAAUAUCUGAAGCUGGAAUCAAAAUUAAUGAAGAGGAGGCAAGAAGAUUCAAGGAAAAUGACGUUGAUGGGGAAACUGUGGACUAUGGACUAACAGAAGCCAUGGUUGGAUACCUAUUUGAUGGUUCCUUUAAAAAGCAAGUCAAGUUUCAACAGUUUGUGCGACAGUACAAGGAAGGCGAGACAAGCAUUACUUUGGAGCCAGUGCCGGUGGAUGUCUGUCCAUCUACAUCUACAGUAGAGCUCCAGUGUUUGCCAUCUUCUGAUGCAAGUGGCGAAGUGGCUCACAGGAGACUACCUGUUGUGACCAUCAUUCCAACAUUUCCCAAAGAUGUCCAGAUGAAACUGGAUGCAAAAGAACCAUGCCACAGAGUCUCCAAACUCCGCAAUAAAAUAGUCAGAGUACUGUAUGAAAUGAUGGCAGAAUACACCAUGUAUCCAACCAAUGUGGAGUACACUCAAGUUGCCAAGGCCCUGAUCAUGAAAUACCCUUUCCUGAGAGACAUGGAGAGGAAUGGCUAUCACACCUGGCACAUGUCGUUGAAGAGAAAGUUUAAAGCAGAACGUGCACCACUUGUUAGUGACACUGAAGUCAGAAAGUUGAAGGAGAAGUUUGGCCAUACAAAGCAGUCCAAGACCACCAAGACAUCUUCAAAAGUGUCUCGCAACUCAUUGAGUCAAUCUUUUGAAAUUUGUGUUGGGGAAGAUUCUGCAUCUGUUGAGGCCCAUGUGGAUGUGCUCCAGAGUGAAUAUCGGAAGAUGCAUCCAGAUAUGACCACUGUCAAAGACCGCAUGGCUCGAACAUUCUCCUGGAGACGACGUGAAAUCAUGGAAGGGAUGCCAGUAGAGGAAGUACUCAACAAAUAUCCUUUCUUAAAGAUGCCUACUAUAUGUAUUGAUGAGGUUGACAGACUUCACCCUUCAACAUUUGCCUUCUGUCAUCGUUUCAAAGAAGGCUUUGCCACUGUGUUGCCAAAUGUGCUGAAGUUUGCUCAGGGAAAGUCUGUGCUGGCAAAACAGUACAAUGAUGCAAGAAAGGAUGCCCUGGCUGAAGACCUACCAGGAAUUGACUUAAGGGCUGGACUCAUCCUUUUGCCAUCCGUCUUCAGAGAGAAGAUUGAACACUACAUCACUUUGGGAGAGAAAGAUGCUGCUACACCCUAUCCAACCAUUCAACUGAGGAAUAACGAGUGGAAGAUGGCGAUGACCAGUGCUGGGCCCAGUGUGGUGAAAGUAGAUGGAGUAGAUGUGUGCCACUGCAUGGAUCUUGAUGAAGCCUUUAUAACAGCCUUCAGUAUGUACUUCGUUUUCAACAUUGCAUACCCACCACACCUGAAAAACACCCUGACCUUUCUUCAGAGGCGCAUUGUCAGCAUUGUGGAAGAGGGAGACAAGACUUUGCCUAUAACUGUACUCCGAGUCAUCAACAAUCUGUGCUAGAUCAUCAUGCCUCAAUUAUACCAGUGCCCCAAAUGCAUGCGAAGGACUUUUACCCUAGUUAAGUUAAUCCAGCACAUUGGGCUUGUUCAUGCCCAUGAACCACGUUUCAGUGUUACCUGUGGUAUAAGUGAAUGCCAGGCAACUUUUUCCCAGUUCCAUUCUUUUAGGAAACAUGUGUACAGGAAGCAUAAACGCAGUGUCUUUCAGUCUUCUGACUCUGAGGGGCACGGUGAGGAUGCCAGUGUGGUGCAGCACAAUUUACACUGUGAUCAACAAGAUUCUGAAUUAGAUACAUGUCCUCCUGAUCAUCAGAUAGUUGAGCCAAAUUUAGAUAAACUACUGGAGGAAUUCAGAGAUAAUCUGUUCAAAUUUGUUCUUAAGUGCAGAGAGAAAAACCUUUUACAUUUGUCAGUUCAACAAGAGAUAACUGACGAUGUUCAAUUUCUUCUUUGUUUUUUCAAAGAAAACUAUGAUGCAUUUAUCGCUUAUCAUCUUGAAAAAAGUGGUUUUGAUGUUUCAAAAUGUUCUGAACUUCAGCAAGUUUUACAUUCAUCUGAUUUCUUUGACAAAGCAUGUGAGGCAGUUCGUUCUCCUUACAUGAUUAAAGAACAUUGCAAGGCUAAGAUGGACUAUACAGAACCUGUACACUAUGUGUUGAAAGACUCUAGCGGGAACACAGUAGGGACCUAUUCUUAUGUUCCUAUAUCUGAAGUUUUGCAGAAGUACUGUUCUCAUGAAGAUGUCUGGGAUCAAAUACUAUCUGAAACAAAUGAAAUGAAAGAUAAAGAUACUCUGACAGAUUACAGAGACGCUCUCUAUUUUAAGGAACAUGUGUUUUUCAAGGAGCACCCAAAUGCUUUAAGGCUUCAUCUAUAUGAAGAUGAAUUUGAAAUUGUUAACCCUUUAGGAUCAAAGAGAACCAAAUAUAAGUUGUGUGCAUUUUACUACACUGUUGGAAAUUUGAGUGGGAAGUAUCGAUCUCAGCUUAAGCAUAUUCACUUAGCUCUGCUCGUUCGUUAUUGCCAUUUGAAACAGUUUGGCAUGGAGGUCAUAUUAAAACCAAUGAUUGAGGACCUAAAGCGGCUUUCAACAGAGGGCUUGAUAAUUCAUGUCUCUGGAAGAGAUCAUAAAAUCUAUGCUGCCUUAGCUACUUUUUCAGGUGACAAUCUGUCAGCUCACAUGAUUGGUGGCUUUCGCAUGUGUUUUCACUCUGGUCGUAUUUGCCGUUACUGUAUGGCUACCCAUUCAGAAAUUAAUCACAAACUCCAAGAAGAUAGCUAUGUUCUAAGAACAAGUGAAGUUCAUGAAUAUCAUCUCCAGUGUGUUCAGCAAAAUGUUGAAAAUGCUGCUUUGUAUGGUGUACAUUGCAGAAGUCCAUUUGAUGCACUGAACUAUUUUGAUGUGACCAAGUCUUUGCCCCCAGAUCUAAUGCAUGAUCUGCUAGAGGGAGUUUUUCCGCUGACGAUGAAACAUGUCCUUGUUGAAGCAUGUAAACAAAAACAUAUAAGCAUAACAGAGCUAAAUGAAGAGCUUCAAAGAUUCUGUGUUGGGCAGAAUGACAAGGCCAACAAGCCUGUUAUGCUCUCUGAACAGGUUCUCAAAAAUAAAGGGAUUGUAGGAACAGCUGCCCAGAAAUGGUGUCUUUUCCGAUUGCUGCCUUUUAUAAUGGGGCACCGUAUUCCUCCUGGUAGCAGAUACUGGCAUGUGUUCUUACUAUGUAGAGAAAUUGCAGACAUUGUUUUGGUAGAAAAAGUGAGUAAAGAUGAACUAGCAUAUCUAGAAUUGCUUGUACACACAUUUCUUUCUGAGAUGAAAGAGGUUUUUGGAGCUGUUUUAACACCUAAAUGUCAUUACCUUGUACAUUAUCCAAGACUUAUGUCAAUGUAUGGUCCUCUUCGUUCUCUUUGGUGUAUGCGUUUUGAAGGGAAACACCAAUAUUUUAAGAAUCUGACCAACAACUGUCGAAAUUUUAGAAACAUAACAGUGACACUGAGCUCUCGUCACCAGCUCAAACAGUGUUGGGAAUUUUCACCUAGUAAUAUCCUGGGUGAUUUUGAAAAGGUGCCUGGGAGAAGCAUCAGCACACCAAUAUUGUCUCUACCCAUUUGCCUUCAAACUACUCUAAAAGAAAGUGGCAACUUCAGCAAUGUAGAAGGGAAAGUAAUUCAACGUGUAUCUGAAGUGACAGUAGACAAUGUAAAGUAUGCUGUUAGAGAUGUGUUGACACUAGACCUUGUACAUGAGGAAAACAUUCCAGUGUUUGGACAGAUCAAAUACAUUCUUAACAUUGACACUAUGUGGUUUCUCUGCAGUAAAAUUUUGCAUCCAUUGUCUUUUGACUUGCAUUUUCAUGCAUAUCGUGUAAGAGUAGACAGUGAGUGGAUAUUGCUCAAACCUGGAGACGAAAAGGACCAUACAUCACUUGACACGUACACUAUUGAUGACAGUUUGUAUGUCGGAUUAAGAUGUUCCGUGUAAACACUUGUACAAUUUUUGCAAGGGCAUGACUAUAACGAGAGGCAAACAGUCCUCAUUCAACCUUCUAUUCUGUUCUGUUUUGCUUUUAUGUUAAAAACAAGUUUUACAACAUUGCAUUAAUUAAAAACACUAAGAAUGGAUGUUCACAUUUUGGUACUGAUCUUGUUUUAAACUGUAUGAACUGUUUUAAAAUGAAUUGAUUUUGAUAAAUAAAGAAUAUUUUUGUGAA